AUGUGGUGGUCGAACAGCAACAAAGAGCCUGAAAAGUCCCCCAAGAUGGAGGCGACAUCAUCUUCAUCCAAAGACACAGCUUCGACCAAAGAUGGGCCGAGCAAAGCUUUCGAUCCAAACUCACUUCCGGAAAGACAAAAGCUCAACCCGUCCCUUCAAAAGAUUGUAGACAAAGCCGACAGGGAAGAUAACUUUUACGACCAGCUUGUGGAUGGCUAUGCUCCGGAAUCAACGGAAACGAACGUUCGAUAUGCAGGAUAUGCCGCGCGCCUGCGCACCAUCAUGAUGUCGGCUCAUCGCUAUGUUGCGUACACCUCAGAUAUUGGCGAAUCCUUCAGGCCCGUAGCCCACCCUUACCUUGUGAAAGGCGCUUACGGCAUAUCGUGGCUGUACAUAUUAGGAGAUGUCAGCCACGAGGGCUACAAGGCGUACUGGCAAAAUCAGCGCACGCGCAACCCGCAAAUCGCCUUGACAGCUCAUCAGCAGAGGAUGCUGGGUUCAGAUGCCACGUCGGCAUCUUCAACCAAACUUGAGCCCGGUGUAGUCACACCUCUGGAGGACUAUCGCACUGUGAUGGCCCAGCGAGCUAUCUUCCAGAGCUUGGCGAGUAUGGGCUUACCGGCUUUCACCAUCCACAGCGUGGUAAGGUAUUCAGGCCGAGCCUUGAAGGAUGUCAAAAACAAGAACAUCAGGACAUGGGCCCCUAUCGGUCUUGGAUUGUCCGUUGUGCCAUUCCUCCCAUCCCUGUUCGAUAAGCCUGUAGAAGAUGCGGUAGAAUGGACCUUCCACAAGCUUUUUGCGACUGUUGGCGGGAAAGAGACUGUUGGAGAUACCCCUGCUACGGGCAGGGAACGGCAACUGAACGAAAAGGUAAAGGAGAAGGAACUCUAG